AUGGCCGACAUCACUGACCAACACGACCAAACUUCGCCAACCGAGCUCGACGAGCCACAUUCGGUCGGCAACGGCAACACUGGUGUCGGAGAAAAUCGCGGCAUCAAGCGCGCCCGUCCCAGCACGGCCGAUGAUGACGAUGACGAUGACGAGAAGGGUGGCCGCGAGCGCCGCAAGAUUGAAAUCAAGUUCAUUAGCGACAAGUCGCGCCGCCACAUCACGUUUUCCAAGCGCAAGGCUGGAAUCAUGAAGAAGGCCUACGAGUUGUCAGUCUUGACUGGCACUCAAGUUCUGCUUCUGGUCGUGUCAGAGACCGGUCUUGUCUACACCUUCACGACGCCAAAGCUGCAGCCUCUCGUCACAAAGGCGGAGGGCAAGAACCUAAUCCAGGCAUGCCUGAACGCGCCCGAGCCCCCCGCCGGGAACGACAAUGGUGUAGACGACUCCAACGCGGUUGACUCUCCCGAAGAGCCGACGAGCGCCCACCUGCCUCCCCAGCCCAACCGGCCGACGAUGCCGCAGGGACCCAUGCAUCCCGGCUACAUGCCCGGCGUCGGUAUGGACCCCCAGCAAGCGCUCGCCUACUCCAAUUAUGUGCAACAACAGCGGGGAGGGCAGUACAUGCCGCCAUCUGGCCUGCAGCAGCACGCCGGUCACCAGUCAUAA